AUGUCCCCGGUUUGCCCCGCCGAGCUACACACCCGCCCCCACGACCACCGUGCUGGGGAGCACCGCGGACUGUGCCUGCUUGCCGCUGGCGCCCGGGGGCCACCGUCGUCCCCGCCGAGCCGCGCCCCUGUCCCUCCACACUCUACGCCUGGGGGGGCCGUCAUGGUAGGCCCCAGCACGUCUGGAGCGCCACCGGAUGCCGCCGAGUCUGCCAUCCCUUCUGUCGGUCCGCCGCUCUCCCGACUGAUUAGGGGGGAGCGCUCUUUGGGCACCAGCGGCGUACCAAUGUUGCCUCGGCGCAUGGUGCGCCCCCUGGUCUACUCUCAGCCCAGAGUCGUCCCCUCGGUUGGUGCUUAUAUAGUGAUGCUGCCUGUCCCACCGCGGCGGCGGCUGCAAUGCCCCGAGUGCCCGGUGGGGAGCCGCGGCAUGGCGCGACCGGUGGGGGAGUUUUCAGCCUGGCCUGCCCUGGCGAAGCACCUCCGGCGCUACCACCCGGGACUCCGGCAGUUCCGAGCCAGGUUUGGGUGUCGCCACUGCGGUCGUGCGUUCGACUCGCUAAAGCAAGCGAACUUGCACACGCGGUACUGUCAGCACCUCCGGGAGCUGAUGCCCAGCCCGACCCCCCCCCGGCAUCACCGCGAGGAGACGACAACCCCGACAAUAAGGAUGCUGACGACUUUGAGCUCACGCCCCAGGAUGACCAUCCCGGGGACUCGGGCCUGGCGCCCCGCCUGCCACCAUUACCCCCGGUGCCCGGUGUCGGUGCUGUGCGCGCGACCACCUGAGCAGUCCCCCCCAAGUGGCUCUCCUCGCUCCCGGGACUGUGUGCGAGUCACCGCAGGGUGGCAUGGAGACGCCGCCGCCCUGCCGACCUCGAGCGGGGAGCCCACCGGUGGCUCCCCCGUGGGGCCGGACAUGCACCCCGCCUCUUCACCAGUGCGUCCUGCGACACCGGUGGCCGCCGGGUACCCGCCCCCCCAGGGGCCGCAGCGCCUCGACUUCCACCGACGCCUGGUGGUACUGCCAUCUGGUGCGGUGUGCGUUAUGGCGCCGCUGGAAGAGCCCCCCCACCACCUGUGCCCUGUACCCGGGCCUGUCACAUCGGCUGUGAUGCACCUGGGGGAUACCGCGGAUGCUCCCGCUGGCCCGCCGCGGGCACACCCGCCGCUGUGGACGCUCCCGAAGCCUUGGCGCCUCGACGUCUGUGCUGGGCCACCCGGACUCACGCAGCCGCCUUCGCCGCCGGAGCUCGCGACGCCGCGAUGCCUGUCGACAUCGGCUCCCCGGCCCGACCUGCCCGUGAGCCUCGGUGGGGUGCCGGUCCUCCCCCCCACCCCGCCGCCACCGCCACGUCCCCACCGCCUCAAGCGGCGACUUCUCGCUACGAGGCGGGAGGAGCCAGGGGCGAAUGCUGCGCGGGACACCUCCGAGGAGGUCCAGCUGCCUCUGCCCGAAUCCACUGUGCUUGAGAUGGUGGCGCUGGUGCACGCGCCCCCUGCGGAGGCCGGUUCGCCUCCGUUGCUGCGUGGGUCUGUUCCUGGACGACGAGCCCUGGGUGCGGGGGAUGCCUGCUCGCCAAGUGUGCGCCCGCGUAUGCCAGGCAACCCAGCACCACACGGAUACGGAGAUCGGGUGGACAACCUGGAUGCCAUGACACUAGUCCCAGACCCGCCGCCUGGCUCCUCUUUGAUGCCCCACGACCGCUGGGCCCCUGCCUCAGCACAGGCGCCAAUCGACACCCCGGCCCAUCCUGUCUCUGCUGCAACUGCCCCCAGGGACGCUCCUCCCCGUGCGCCCAUUGCUCCCCUGCGGGAAAGCAGGGCACCAUGCACCUAUUUACGGGGGUUCAGACCUUGGCGGCCGCGGCGACCCAGCUGGCUCUCUGCAGGUGUGCUCGACCCCAACACCCUGGGCCUGCCGCUCCCGCCCACCCCGGCUCCCAGGGAGCCUCCGAUCACCCAGGAGGCCUCGACCCAGACACGAGGCAGCGCACCUCCGCAGAAUGAUGCACCGACCGCAUCCCCAACAGCCGGUGGAGGUGCCCUGCCCGGUGGUCCCGGGGAAGCCCGGGAACGCCGUCGUCGAGUGCGGGGACGUGUAACCACGGUGACCGUGCACCCGCUGCUCCGCAGCGCCGGGGGACCCACCUGCCGGGACCGGGCCGUGAUCCCUCCCAACCUGGUGGCGAUGAUCAGGGUGGCAGCCCUGGCCAACCUGUUGUUGCGCGACGCCCUGGCCCUGACCCCUCCGCCCCAGAUGGUGGCCGCAGUGAUCCGGCAGUCGACACGCUAA